UGAAGUUUUGGGAGUCGUAAUGUCUGGACGUGGCAAGCAAGGCGGCAAAGCUCGCGCCAAGGCCAAGACCCGCUCCUCGCGGGCCGGGCUCCAGUUCCCCGUGGGCCGAGUGCACCGCCUGCUCCGCAAGGGCAACUACGCCGAGCGGGUCGGGGCCGGGGCGCCGGUGUACCUGGCGGCGGUGCUGGAGUACCUGACGGCCGAGAUCCUGGAGCUGGCGGGCAACGCGGCCCGCGACAACAAGAAGACGCGCAUCAUCCCGCGCCAUCUGCAGCUGGCCAUCCGCAACGACGAGGAGCUCAACAAGCUGCUGGGCAAAGUCACCAUCGCUCAGGGCGGCGUCCUGCCCAACAUCCAGGCGGUGCUGCUGCCCAAGAAGACUGAGAGCCACCACAAGGCCAAGGGCAAGUAGUUGCCUAUAUUACGACAACUCGAAUAAGUCCAAACUAAAGGCUCUUUUCAGGGCCACCCAUAUUUUCUGUAAAAGAACUUAACAUUUGUUCAUUAGUUGGGUGGUGAAUAGGGGUAGUGAGAUUUUGUCAACCAUAAAUUUGUACUUGACAUCUGCAACUGCAAGGAUCAAAUCACACUGUGCUAGUGCAGCUGUCCUGUGGAAAACGGGCAGCCGGAAGAGGUCUUCAGAUAUAUGUUUUCAGGAGAUGAUUUUGUGAGCCCAACCCUUGCAUCUUAUAUCUAGAAAAGCACUACAUCCCUACGUAGUGAUGUCUUGUCUGCUCCUGGUGACUAACAAACCCCCCACAAAAAUGUUUUAUUGCAUGUACUCCUUUACCAAGAUUACAUACUAUUCCUCCCCUCUGUCUCUUCUCAGCUAUCUGGGAUGCUGUCUCCUGAGCUGCAGUUCUCAUUUUG